CAGAAGAAGAAAAAGAAUAAGGACAGCAACUCGCGUUUAAGUUAGUGCGGUACAAAUCACGACAACACACUCCAGCUUUUAUAUUGAACCUUCUGCUGCCAGACUGUUUAUCUGACGGACACUUCAGCUGCUUGCCUUUAUUCAGUAUAUAUUGGGGCUCAACUGUAAAUUCCUCUACAGAAGCGAUCAGGAACGCUGGACUUUAUUUCAGCUGAUAUUUCAUACACAAACAGGCUUGAUGGAGAAGACACAGCAUCAUGUCGAAAUGAGAGAAACUCACUUGCUGAAGAGAAAAGACAAAAAAUGUGUCACUUGCACUCAGUGUGGAAAGAGUCUGUCAAACAAAGACAGUCUCAAGACUCACAUGAGGAUCCACACCGGAGAGAAACCAUUCACAUGCCCUCAGUGUGGGAAAAGUAUGGCAUACAAAGCCAGUCUCGAGAAUCACAUGAGGACUCACACCGGAGAAAAACCAUUCACAUGCCCUCUGUGUGGGGUACAUCGGGCAAAAAAAGCCAGUCUCAAGAAUCACAUGAGGAUCCACACCGGAGAGAAACCAUUCACAUGCUCUCAGUGUGGGAAGAGUUUCAGAUGCUCAUCAAACCUUAAUAACCACAAGAUGAUUCACACUGGAGAGAAAACACACAGAUGUGAUCACUGCAGCAAAACAUUUUUGAGGGGUUCAGAGCUGAAGGUUCAUCUUAGAGUUCACACAAAGGAGAAGCCUUAUUCAUGCUCUGUGUGUGGAAAGAGUUUCUCAUAUCAAGGAAACUUAGGAAAACAUCAGACGAUUCACACUGGUGUGAGAGAGUAUAUGUGCUUUGAGUGUGACAAGGCCUUUCGUACGGCUGAAGACUUGAAAGUACAUGAGAGGAUUCACACUGGAGAGAGACCUUACAAGUGUUCACACUGCGACAAGAGAUUUAAUCAUUCAGGACAUCUAAAAAUACAUGAGAGGAUUCACACUGGAGAGAAACCCUACAAGUGUUCAUACUGUAGCAAGAGGUUUACCGUUUCAGGACAACUAACUAACCAUGAGAGGAUUCACACUGGAGAGAAACCUUACUGGUGUUCACACUGCAACAAGAGAUUCAGUCAUUCGGGAUAUCUAAAAGUACAUGAGAGGAUACACACUGGAGAGAAACCUUACAAGUGUUCACACUGCAACCAGGCAUUCAAUCGUUUUGGAUAUCUAAAAGUACACCAGAGGAUUCACACUGGAGAGAAACCUUACAAGUGUUUACUCUGCAACAAGAGUUUCACUCAGUUAGGGCAAUUUAUCAUGCAUCAGAGAAUUCACACUGGAGAGAAACCUUACAAGUGUUUACUCUGCAACAAGGCAUUCAUUCAUUUAGGACCUCUGAAAAUACACCAGAGGACUCACACUGGAGAGAAACCCUACAAGUGUGCAUACUGCGACAAGAGAUUCGCUCAGUUAGGAUAUCAAAAAAUACACCAGAGGAUUCACACAGGAGAGAAACCCUACAAGUGUGCACACUGCGACAAGAGAUUCGCUCAGUUAGGGUAUCUAAAAAUACACCAGAGGAUUCACACUGGAGAGAAACCAUAGGCAUGAGAUCUGUGUCCAGAGUUUCACAGAGUUGUUGCAUCUUAAGGAACACAUGGAAGUCCACAUGGGAAAGAAGCUGCCUGAAUGGCAUGAAUUAAAGUAUGUGAAAACUACUAGUGAUGCUCUGAUCAGCAUUGUUGGGGCUGAUUACCAAGAUCCAGAUCUGCCGGGGAAUGGGAAUCUUUUAUCUAUAAUCUAGCAGAGUUUGCACCAUUUGUAGAAAUGAAACUAAUGCCCAAUUCCAAUCCUUAGCCUGUGAAGGGGUUGGAGUGUCCCAACACGCCGUUCAUGUUUUACCUUCAUGCUUAACCCCCCUCCCCGCUAAACUAAAAACCGCUAAAUUUGACUAACUAUAAUCCAUGAUGAUAACUCUUGUAUAGUAGUCCCACAACAUUCUGACACUCAUCAAUUGCUAUAGACCAGGGGUCACCAAUCUCGGUCCUGGAGGGCCGGUGUCCCUACAGGGUUUAGCUCCAACUUGCCUCAUCA